AAAGUGACGCCAUUUGAGGGCCACGUGAUCACUUUAUCACAUUUAAAACAAAAGGAUUUUCUCGCCGAAGCAGUUUAUAUCAUUGUCGUGGUCUGGCUACCAGUCCUGAUAAAACGUCCUUUCGAAGUCAUGGGAAUGUUCGUAACAGCGUUGGUAGCCACAGUAUGUGCUAUGGUUAUUGUUCUUCCAGAGCAAGGCAACGCAACCAAAGAUAAACCACUUGCCGUUUGGGCCAAGAUCAACCAGUAUCCUGUCUGUUUCUACGCAAUUGGAAAAAGACCAGGGAUGUUUAACUACAUGGGAGAAGGAAAACUAGUUGGUGCUAUGAAACUUGUCUACGUCCAUGGCUCUGUGCGAUGCGCUCAAGAUCCCAAAUAUAACAGCCGAUGGGGUUGCUACCAACAUCCAGAUAACAAAAGACACCCUCUGAAUGUUGUGGUAACAGACGACAAUGACAACAUGGUUUACCCCCCGGAGAAAUACGUCAUGAACACAGGUCUGUGGUAUUACUUGCCUUUCACGGACGCCAGAAGAUCUAACCAGUUGGUAUUUACUGAUUACGCUCAACCGUUCUAUCUUGACAAGUAUGCCACUCUCAGGAUAUGGUAUGGUGAAGAUUUGAUGAAUUUCGAAAACCAUGAUAAUAGAGGGAGAGUCUGUGUUCACGUGUGGGCACACCUUAUGUAAAUUAAGAAAUGGGCCAGCAUCUGCAAUUGUACAGAGAAAUUGUAAGAGAAUGGAAUAAAAUUUCUUAUGAAGACUUUCAAGUUUUUCCUCAAUUCCCUUUGAUUUGAAAUAGAAAAUGUAUGUAUUUUAGUCAAGGUUCAUUAUUGUCCUCCCUAGUCCAGUUCAGGCCCUCUCUAUGUCACUCAACACUGUGCCCUUGGGAGAGAGGGUACCUUGCCCAACAGCAUAGCAUUGGGUGACAGAGAGGGGCAGAACUGGACUAUGUCUUCCCAGGCAGAAAAAUGUUUGAUGAGAGAAUACAACUUCCGAAAAACAUGACAAUUAAUUCCAAUAACCGGAAGACAGAGAGUUUGUAAUAUCAGCUGGGACUCCUAAAGUUUUAAGAAGUGCACCUCACAUCUCCACCCAGUGUUGGGGGAGUACCUCUCCCCAACUGAGGUAAAGUUACAAAACCCAAUGACAUGUACAAAACUUUUGUGUUUGAGUCCUGGUCAUGGUCCUUUGUAAAAAUUCAUAUUAUACUCUCAUCAAAAAAUGUUCUAAAUGGAUUGAAUAGAUAACUACUACUCUGAAUUGACAAAAUCUCUAUAUACCCAAAGUAAAAAUGAAAGUGGGUUUGUACAAUUCAAAAUACUUCAAAAGGGACGUGGCUUGAAACAAUGGUGUAUGCUAGCAUUUGCCAUCACUAAUCAACACACAUGUAGAAAAUGAUGGUACAGCCAAUAAAAACAUAGAUUCACAAUAUACCAUACUAGUGUCUUAUCAUUUAGCACCAACAAUAAAGUUUGAAAAAGCCUCUAAAACUAGGUGAAUUUUACUUUCAUUACCUAGUUAAAAAUUAAAUCAACCUUUCCCCUCCCCCCUCAACAAAGAUCAGAGCAGAAAAAAA